AAAAAAUAAAAUAAAAAAUCAGAAAAAAAUGUGGAAAAGAAACAAUAUGAUAAAAAAUAAAAUCGCGUCAAUUUUAAGUGACUCAUCAUCAUCAAUUUUAAUCAUUUUAUUAAUAAGUUUGUUAAGUUGUGAUCUAAUUAGUUGUAGUAGAAAUAGUAAUUUUUUUAGUCCUCCAACGACGGUCAGAGCUUCGGAAAAUGACACAGGCGUAAUUCUGCCCUGCGAAUAUUAUUUGCCUCCUCAUUAUGUUCGAUGGUUUUUGGAAGAUGAAGUAAUUGCUGACUCACGCGACGAAUCCAGUUCAGAGAAAUAUGCAAUUUGGCAAAAUGGAAGUUUGCAAGUUAACGAUGUGAAAGCCAGCGAUGCGGGAGAAUAUGUGUGCGAAGUAAUGACAGAUGCUGGGCUCGAUUCACAAUUCCAUUCAAUCGAAGUGCAAUAUCCCCCAUCCGUAAUUUCGUCGAUGUCGGGCAUGGUAGAAGUGAAAAUUGGCUCGAUUUUUGAUAUUGUGUGCGAAGCACGUGGCGUUCCGCCGCCCAUGAUCUACUGGAGACGCAGCGAAGAUCACAAUGUGACGGAAAAAUUCAAAAAUACGCCGCGUUACAUGAUGGAAGUGAACAGCAAUAGUCUCUCGGGACCUUUGGAAUGUGUUGCGAGUAACGGAGUUGGCGAGCCAGCUGUUGCGGGAAUUUUCCUUGUUGUUCUUUUUGAGCCAACUGUUCGUGCCGUUACGCGAUUCGUUCACACAAAAGUUGGAAUGCGCGCCUUUCUCGAAUGUGAAGUUACGAGUUCGCCUCCCGCAAAAGUCUAUUGGUUCCAUCGAAAUGCUCCUGUGACAGCAGAUUCGCGCAAUUUUGCCAUGUCUUCAGCGGAUUUGAAUCCAAAUCGGACAGCAGCUUACUAUCAUUCGCACAAAAAACACACGUUGACACUGAAAAAUGUUCACGAAACGCAACUCGGGAUGUACGAAUGCAAGGCAGAGAAUGAAAUUGGGCUAAAAAGUGCACAUAUUGAACUCGCAGGAAGACCAAUGCCUUCGAUUUUCAAACAAUCGCCUGUUGCUUCGUUACCUACGACGCACAAUUUGAUAUGGACAACGGAGUCAUUUUCGCCCAUAAUUGAGUACAGUUUGAAAUUCCGUCAGAUACCAAGUGGCAAUAUUUUACCUGAAAAUCGCGGAUAUGACACGAAAUGGAAAGAACUUACGAUUCCGGGAGAAACGACAGAUGGUCCAUUACACAGUAUCGGCUAUACGUUGAGAGGAUUGAUGGCGGGAACAGUUUAUGAAGCGGCAGUUGCUUCCAGAAAUCGUUUUGGAUGGAGUGAUAUCAGUAAAAUUAUUAAAUUUCACACGGGAUAUGAAGGUCAACCAUCGACAUAUCCAACAGAAAUUUCGCAAUAUAACGACAUCGAGACAAAUUAUUUCGACUCAUCGCCCCAAGAAUCCUCUUUAUACGAUGACAACGCUGCCUUAUCUCUCCGCACAAACUGUUUCUUCGUCUUUUUGACGUUCCUGAUUUCAUUCUUUGUCCAACAAAAUUAGAUUUUAAGAGAAAAAAAUUGACAAUAAUAAUUUUUAAUAAUAUUAC